UCCCGGGCCGCGUUGUUUGGGGUCCUCACUGGAGGCUCGGCGCCACUCUCCCAGUUGUUCACAGCGAAGAUAAUCGAGAGAAUUAUAGUGAAAUAUUCGCUUAAAUCAAGCCGUUAGGGACACUUGGGUCCUCUUUGGUCCAGCUAUGAAUCUAGAAUUGCUCGAAUCGUUCGGGCAGAACUAUCCAGAGGAGGCAGAUGGCACCCUGGAUUGUAUCAGCAUGGCCCUCACAUGCACCUUCAACCGUUGGGGCACCCUGCUGGCUGUGGGCUGCAACGAUGGCCGCAUCGUCAUCUGGGACUUCCUAACGCGGGGCAUAGCCAAAAUCAUCAGCGCUCACAUCCACCCAGUCUGCUCAUUAUGCUGGAGUCGAGAUGGCCACAAGCUGGUGAGUGCGUCGACAGACAACAUAGUCUCGCAGUGGGACGUCCUCACUGGAGACUGUGACCAGAGGUUUCGUUUCCCAUCACCCAUCCUGAAACUUCAGUGUCACCCCAGAGACAUGGACAAAGUGCUGGUGUGUCCCAUGAAGUCCGCCCCCGUCCUGCUGACUCUCUCAGACUCCAAACACGUUGUCCUACCUGUGGACGACGACUCAGAUCUGAAUGUGGUGGCAGCGUUUGACAGGCGAGGGGAGUACAUCUACACCGGCAAUGCCAAGGGAAAGAUCCUCGUGUUAAAGACUAACACUCAGGAACUGGUGGCUUCCUUCAGAGUAACGACCGGCACCAGCAACACCACCGCUAUCAAAUCUAUUGAAUUUGCACGCAAGGGCAGCUGCUUCCUCAUAAACACAGCAGACCGGAUCAUCAGGGUGUAUGACGGCAGGGAGAUCCUAACCUGCGGCAGAGACGGGGAGCCAGAGCCCAUGCAGAAACUCCAGGACUUGGUCAACAGGACUCCCUGGAAGCGCUGCUGUUUCUCCGGGGACGGCGAGUACAUCGUGGCCGGCUCGGCUCGGCAGCACGCUCUCUACAUCUGGGAGAAGAGCAUCGGUAACCUGGUGAAGAUCCUGCACGGGACCAGAGGAGAGCUGCUGCUGGAUGUGGCUUGGCAUCCUGUCCGUCCCAUCAUUGCCUCCAUCUCCAGUGGAGUGGUGUCCAUCUGGGCUCAGAACCAAGUGGAAAACUGGAGCGCCUUCGCCCCAGACUUCAAAGAGCUGGAUGAAAAUGUGGAGUACGAGGAGAGAGAGUCUGAGUUUGACAUUGAGGAUGAAGACAAGAGUGAACCUGAGCAGACAGGUGCAGACGCUGCAGAGGAUGAGGAGGUAGAUGUCACCUCUGUGGACCCCAUCGUUGCUUUCUGCAGCAGUGAUGAGGAGCUGGAGGACUACCAGGCCCUGCUGUACCUGCCCAUCGCCCCCGAGGUUGAGGAUCCAGAGGAAAACCCCUUUGGCCCCCCGCCUGACGCCACAGUCCAGACUACUGGCACCGAGGAGGCUCUGGCUGGUGGAGACAAGAAGCAGAGACAGCCUUCAUCUGAUGGAGGCCCGGCCAAGAAGAAGGCUCGCACCACGACUGUCGAGCUGCCGGGGGUGCCCAGUGAUGAGGUGCACCCUCUGCUGGGCGUCAAAGGAGAUGGAAAGUAGAAGAAGGCAGCAGGCCGGCCCAAAGGCUCCAAAGGGAGUCUGGUCUCGCAGUCGUACAAACAACACGACAUCGGAGGGAUGGACUGAAGGCUGCUGUGUGCAGUUGUGAAGGAGCACCAGCAGGCUCGCUCAAAGAGACACAAAGCCUGAUGUUGUGUACAGACUGUGUGAGUGAGCGGUCUGUUUAACGUGCAGACUGAUUUUCCUCUUUGAACCAGAGCACAGAGUCCCGGGGAGACUCUUCUCCUCUGCUCGGAUCAGCGACAGGAGCCGAGCGAGAGUGUGAAGCCGCCGAGUCAUCGCAGCAGAGAUCACGUCCUCCGUUUCUGUGGGAUUCAGCAUGUGUAGUUACACCUGUGUCCUGAUUUUGUGUUUGUGUGUUUGUGUGUGUGUGUUUGUGUGUGUGCGUGUGCGUGUGUGCGGUCUUUCCUGUUUUUAUACGUAUUAAAACAUUUUGGUUUGUAAAUAAAAGCCUCUGUGUGGUGCUGAACUCAUCACUAGAUCCCUAAAGUUG